GCCCGGUCCAUUUUGACAGGAGAAGAUAGCUAAACGUUGGCUUUAUGUUUGAUGUUUUUCUGAAGUUUUAGCACUUUUAAUUCUCAUUUUCAAGGAAUUCCGGCUUCUUAUUCCUGUUUUUAAUGAGAAAACGGCUUCAAAGCGACGGGGACAAAAUGGACAUGAAGACUGACCUGGAUCUAAGCGGUAAAUUAAUAAUUAAAGUUCAGUUCGGUGACGAUAUUCGCAGGUUUCCUAUACACAACGAUGCUAUAACAUACGAUGAACUAGUUUUAAUGAUGCAACGAGUUUUCAGAGGAAAAUUAACGGCAAACGACGAUAUUACCCUUAAGUACAAAGAUGAAGAUGGUGAUUAUGUAACAAUAACUGACUGCACAGAUCUUAGUUUUGCCAUUCAAUGUAGUAGAAUAUUAUCCUUACAAGUAUUGCUCAAUUCAGAGGUGAAAAACAAAACCGAUGUAAUAUCUUCCACAGAAGUAUCAAAUUUGAAAAACCAAAUAUGCACUAUCAGAGAUCAAGUCACCAAAUUACUUGACUACUUUGAUACCAUUAAGACUGUUAAGCCUGCUCUCAAACAGGAGUCGACUGAAUCUGCACUGGAUACGAAUACUUCAAGCAAUACUAUAAACAAAGUUAAUUCAAAUGAGUUUGACCCCCUACUGGAUAAACAUCAGAAAAAUGGGACUGAAGAACAAAAGGAGUCCUCUAAGCCCUCUACUCCACAGGUGCCCAAUGAAGGCUCAAAUUCGCGACCUCAGUCUGCGUCAAUGCUAUCUCAACAUCAACAGCAGCAGCAACAACAACAGCAGCCAGUGGCCACAUCUGCAGCUGGCAGUCCUCACAUGAGCGAUUACUUCGCAAGAAGUUCCUUGGGCCUGGGAUAUCCUCCAGGAUUGUCCGGCUAUACCCAACAGUCCCCCUAUAACUUUCCGUCAACUGGCCGAUACGUUCCCCAAGUGAUGGACAGUUCCCAAGUAGCAAAUUCAAACGCGUUUACAAACCCACCCCAAGGUAGCAUACCGUAUCCCACGCAACAAUACGGGCACCCGCCGGGAGGAGUGGUCUAUCCGCCCGGUCAGGCCAACCCCUACUCUAAGGCUUUUUCUCAGCAGUCCAACCCUCAGCAACACGGAGGUUAUAUGCCACCACGUCAAUAAGUCUGUCACGUUUAUUUUUUUUUUUAAUUAACUAUUUAAGGUUUAAAUUUACUAACUGCUCUAAGAAUUAGUAUAUGAAAAUGGAUGGUAACCAAGUGAGAUUCAAAUUUUUGUUUAACAAUUAAAAAAAAGUAUAGUACCGAAUUUGCACUUGGUAAGAGGCGAUUAAUAAUUCUCUUUUAAUAUACUUUUUCUAAUAUGUAUGCGUACGCUAGUCUUCAUAGCUGCUUUUAAUUCAAAAUAUUUAUCGUCUUAUGUUAAAAUAGAAUACCUUUUUUUUAA